CUCAGGGUUCAGAGUUUUCUGUACGGUGGCAACAAUCUAUGAAAAUCAUAUCAUGUCUUCAAAUUUUAAGCGCUUUCAUCUAACAGAUAAGGACUCAGAUGAAAGUGAAGUCAGAUCUGUUAAAUGGAUUAAAGUUCUUCUGAUAGUUGUUGGUGUUUCUCUUGUUUUUGCUCUGGGUGUCAUCUGUGCUCUCAGUUUACUCUAUGCGGGUAAACUCGGACUGUGUGACAUUCAGCAGCACAAUGAUACAAAAAACCUCACAGCAGAACUACUGCAAAAGUCUUGUAUAUCAACCAAUGAGAUGGAGCUUUCAAGCAAAUACAACCGAGUUAAAGACUGUCUGUCCUCAUGUACUGAUUUCAGUGCUUCAUCUUGUAAGCUUUGUGAAGAGGACUGGACAGCACACGGUGGAAAGUGUUAUUUCUUCUCUUCUGAAAAGAUGACAUGGUUUGAGGCUCAUGAUUUAUGUGCUGCAUCAAAAGCUCAUCUGGUCACCAUCAACAGCAAAGCUGUACAAGAUUUCCUGGUGUCUAAAAUUAAAGAGACUUCUUGGAUCGGUCUUAAUGAUCUGGAGACUGAAGGUCGAUGGGUUUGGCUGAAUAACCAAACUCUUGAAGAGACCGGAGUACAGUUCUGGUUCAUAAAGAAAGAUGGAACCGAGCCGGAUAAUUGGGAUGGACAUAAUCUAUCUGGAGAGGACUGUGCCUGUAUGGGAUAUGAGCGUGUACACUUAAACUCUUGGUUUGAUGCAUCUUGCGAAUACAAGAAAAGGUUUAUCUGUGAAAAAGAAUUUAUUGCAUUUCAGUGAUGAAUAUAGUGACUGUCUCAAUCUUGUAUUGAGGAUCUUUUACAUCUCUCUUUAUUGUGCAUUUAAAUAAAAGACGCUCUUACUAUGAUGUUAUACCAAGGUGGUUUUGCAUUUACAGUAUAAAAGACUUUCUAAUCUGUACAAUAACAAUUUUAACAGUCAGUGACACAUAUUAUUUGUAUUUUCUAACAUAACUGGGGUCAUAUAUUGACUCUUUAUGUUCUUUGUUUUUUUUUAACCCAUGCCAUACCCAUGGGAAAGCUGGAAAUGUAUGCAAGAAUGAGAACAGAUCUACUUUAGAUCAUUUAAGUGCAGUUGCCUUCUGAAAUGUGUUAAGACUAUUGAAGACUAGACUUGUUGAAAUUAACAUUAACAAAGAUUAAUAAAUGCUGAAUAAGUGCAGUUCAUUAUUAGUUCAUGUUAACUAAUGUAGUUAACUAAUGAACCUUAUUGUAAAGGGUUACCGGAUUGUGUUAUAUUUGAGUGAACCCCUUUCAUAUUUCAUAAAGAAUGUGUUAAUUAUAACAUAUUGUUUGUGUUAAGCUUUUAUAACACAUUAUGUGUCAUUUUGUUUUAAAAUAAUUAAAGGGACAACACAAGUUAUGCUAAAAGUAAUAAAAAGUGUUUUUGCAAUAAAACACAGAUAUUUGUCUAGUUAGGGACAAUAGAUAAGUGUGAUGUGCCUAAAAUAAAACAGAUGAAAUAGCUUUUA